GUUCCAGACGCUUUAACACAUCAAUACUUUCCUGAAGGAGAUUAAAAAAGCGGUGUCCAUCAUUACCAAUCAGAUCAGCAGAUGCUCCAGAGCCUGUGAAGUUUUCAGCUUUGAUGCAGAACAGUUUAUCUAGUGCAAGAUGACCGAAGAGGUGAUUGUCAUCGCCAAGUUCGACUAUAUGGCCCAGCAGGACCAGGAGUUGGACAUCAAGAAAAACGAGCGUCUCUGGCUACUUGAUGACUCCAAGUCCUGGUGGAGGGUUAGAAAUGCCACCAACAAAACUGGCUUCGUCCCGUCCAACUACGUGGAGAGGAAAAAUAGUGCAAGGAAAGCUUCUAUCGUCAAGAAUCUGAAAGACACUCUAGGAAUUGGGAAGGUGAAGAGCAGAAAGGGAGGCAUGAGAGAUGCCGCCUCCAACGCAGAAACAGAUCUGAGUACAGAUAAUGGGGAGAGGCUGUAUGACCUCAACGUGCCCGCUCUGGUGAAGUUCAGCUACACAGCGGAGCGGGAGGACGAGCUGUCGCUGGUGAAGGGCACGCAAGUGGUGGUGAUGGAGAAGUGCAGUGACGGCUGGUGGCGCGGCAGCUACAGCGGACGGUCUGGCUGGUUUCCCUCCAAUUACGUGACCGAGGAUGUGGUUGGGAUGGCGGGGGGAGGGGGCAUGAGUGGACUCGGAGACCCAACUGGAUCGCUGACGGAUUCGCUAGCUGCCAUUGUGAACAGCACGGCUAACGGAAACAGAGUGCUGCACACAGUUCAGGCGCUCUAUCCGUUCAGCUCUAGCAACGACGAGGAGCUGAACUUUGAGCGGGGCGAGGUGAUGACGGUCGUGGAGAAGCCCGAGAACGACCCGGAGUGGUGGAAGUGCCGCAAAGCGGACGGACAGCUGGGCUUGGUGCCCAAGAACUACGUCAACGUGUUGGACUCCAGCUCCCAUAAAUCCACAGCAGGACUGGCUGGGCCACCUACACCCGACUGCGACUACAUCUCGCCUUCGGGAAGUGGACGCUUCGCGGGGAAGGAGUGGUACUACGGAAAGGUGACCCGACACCAGGCAGAGGUGGCCCUAAAUCAGAGAGGCACAGAGGGAGACUUCCUUAUCCGAGACAGCGAGUCAUCGCCAAAUGACUUCUCCAUCUCCUUGAAGGCGCAGAGCAAGAACAAGCAUUUCAAAGUUCAGCUGAAGGAAAGCCUUUACUGCAUCGGACAGCGCAAAUUCAACUCUAUGGAGGAGCUUGUUGAACACUACAAAAAGGCUCCCAUCUUCACCAGCGAGCAGGGAGACAAACUGUACCUGAUCAAGGCCCUGGCCGCCUCCUGAUCCACCGCUCUUAAACACACACACACACACACACACCUACACACACUCACAGCCUUCCACAUCAGUGGCUUAACACAGAUACUUGUGCCAGAACACACACACUAACAUACUUAACGC